AUGGGAAGUCAAAUAUAAAAAUCUCAUCUAAAUAAUCAAGCACAUAUAUCUCAAAAAAUAUAAAGACCUUAAGCAAAAGCAGUAUUUAUAGAAGUAAAAGUAAAUGAUCCAGGGGCACCUAUAAACUCCUUUUUAGUAGAAUCUAUUGAUUAUUUGAAUGAUAAUAACAUGCUUAACAGAAAGAAUUAAAACCAAGACAAAAAUAAUUCUCCAAUUUUUGAAGAAAACAAAAAUCCUCAAAAUUCCAAAAAUUCUCACUUAUUAUCAGUUAAAGGAAUCCUUAAAAAACCAAAUAUUAAGUCUCGAUCUUCCUCGAGAUAUUUUAAUGAAGAAGCUAAAUUUGUUAGAUUUUAACUGAAAAAUACUUACUACUCAUCACAAAGACAUAGAGACAUUGAAAAAAUUUAAAAAUCUAGAAAAAAUAGGAGUUCUACUCAAUUAUGA